CAAAACCCUGCUUUGUUCUAAAAAUCAAAACGCACGAAACGGUGAAUAAGCAAAGCAACGAGAGUAAAUAAGAAGAGCGUGAGCACGGUGGCGCCGCCCCAAUGGAUCCGAUUCAAGUAGGUAACGAGCUUGCUUUCCGGGUCGGGUUCUCGGGCCACAGUGGCCACCUCAGGGUGGAGCCGCUGUCAACGGCGGAGCGUUCCAACCCGCUGAGGUCCAUUCCCGAUUUCAUUCCGCCCCCUGCAUUUCCUAGGGAGACACCUGAAACUAUAAAGAAGUAUAUAGAAGAGACAUAUCUCCAGCCAAGAUUGGAUCCUGAUGAAUUUUCACCUGAAAAAGUUGGGAGGCAGUGGGAGUUUGACUGGUUUGACAGGGCUGAAGUUCCUCUGGAGCCAUCGUUGCCACGGACUGUGGUAAUUCCAACUUGGGAACCACCGUUUCGACGUUCGAACAAUGGAUCAGCGAAAGGAACAUGGGAACCAAAUUUUGAGGAGGUGGAUGUAUCAGAUCUGGCAUCAGGAGAUGUAGCGUCUGGGCCAUUACUGGGCUCUUCUGUGAAGGACUUUGUAAGGGGAAGCAUCAAUAAUCGCCCUUUUCGUCCAGGAGGUUUGAGUGAUUCCCAAGCUUUAGAAAGAAUUAUUCCGGAAGGUGCUUCUAAUGGUGAAUGGGUGCGUGAAAUUUUUAAUGGUGGCCCUGCUCAGACAAUUCCUCCAAGCUUAAAGCAAGGAUUGGACCUUGGUGUGCUCAAGCCAUAUCCAUGCUCAUGGAAUGUUUACAAGGACGCCAGUUCACUAAAGAUCUCAUCAAAUGAAAAAUUGAGUGGAUUGUCUGUACAGUUUGAUGACUUAUUUAAGAAGGCUUGGGAAGAAGAUGCUGUUGGAGAACAAGAGGAAGAGGCCGUUGGAGAACAAGAGGAAGAUGGUCAUUUAUUAGAAGUGGAUACUGCUUUGUUGGAAGCUGAAGUUGAUACGACUGAGGUAUCUAGCAAAGCACACGAGAGUGAAAUGUCGCUUGAUGAUAUUUUGUUAGCUGACUCAAAAGGAUUAAAACUGCAUUUGGAUGGAUUUAGUGAUGAAGUUGGACAGCAACAGAAGGAAGCUUGGGCUAUGCAUGAAUCCAAUCAACAAAUCGCGGAUCGCUUUUAUGAACUUGUUCCUGAUAUGGCACUUGAGUUUCCAUUCGAAUUGGAUGCAUUUCAGAAGGAGGCUAUUUAUUAUCUUGAAAAGGGGGAAUCUGUUUUUGUGGCUGCUCACACGUCAGCUGGAAAGACAGUUGUUGCUGAAUAUGCAUUUGCUUUAGCAUCUAAACACUGCACUAGAGCUGUGUAUACUGCUCCAAUAAAAACCAUCAGCAAUCAGAAAUAUAGAGAUUUUUGUGGGAAGUUUGAUGUUGGGCUUCUUACUGGUGAUAUAAGCUUGAGGCCAGAGGCUUCUUGUCUCAUCAUGACCACAGAAAUUUUAAGAUCAAUGCUCUACCGGGGUGCAGAUAUUAUUCGAGACAUUGAAUGGGUUAUAUUUGAUGAGGUGCACUAUGUCAAUGAUGUUGAAAGAGGUGUCGUUUGGGAAGAAGUAAUUAUCAUGCUUCCAAGACACAUCAAUAUCAUCCUCCUUUCUGCCACGGUUCCUAAUACUAUUGAAUUUGCUGAUUGGAUUGGCAGAACAAAACAAAAGGAAAUCCGGGUUACAGGGACAACCAAAAGACCUGUCCCAUUGGAGCAUUGCCUGUUUUAUUCCGGAGAACUUUACAAAAUAUGUGAAAGUGAAACAUUUCUACCUCAGGGAUUGAAAGCUGCUAAAGAUGCUUCAAAAAAAAGGAAUUUGACUGUUGCUGGUGGUUCUGGACCAAAGCCAAGGACUUCAGCAGGUCAUGACAAUGCUCGAUCUCAAAAACGGGAAAAUACAUCUCGAGUGAAACAGCAUGGAGCUAGUUUCUCUGGUGCUGGCAGAGGCUAUCAGAAUAAUGGCAAUGGCCAGAAUAAUUGGGAACUGAGGAAAGCGGAAGCUUCAAUGUGGUUGAUGCUUAUCAAGAAACUCUCCAAAAUGUCAUUGUUGCCUGUGGUUAUAUUUUGUUUUUCUAAGAAUCGCUGUGAUAAAUCAGCUGAUAGUAUGACCGGGACUGACCUCACUAGUAGCUCAGAGAAAAGUGAGAUCCGUCUUUUCUGUGACAAAGCAUUUUCACGACUCAAGGGAUCUGACAAAAAUUUACCACAGGUUGUUCGUGUCCAAGAUCUUCUUCAUAGAGGGAUUGGCGUACAUCAUGCUGGCCUCCUUCCAAUUGUAAAGGAAGUUGUUGAAAUGCUUUUUUGCCGUGGUGUUAUCAAGGUCUUGUUUUCAACGGAGACAUUUGCAAUGGGAGUCAAUGCACCUGCUAGAACGGUAGUCUUUGAUACUCUUAGGAAGUUUGAUGGCAAGGAAUUUAGGCAGUUACUACCAGGAGAAUAUACUCAAAUGGCAGGUCGUGCUGGCAGAAGAGGACUUGAUAAGAAUGGUACUGUCAUUUUAAUGUGCCGUGAUGAACUCCCCGAAGAGAGGGAUUUGAAGCAUGUUAUUGUUGGAAGUGCAACUCGUCUUGCAUCUCAAUUUCGGUUAACCUAUAUUAUGAUCCUUCAUCUCCUUCGAGUUGAAGAAUUGAAGGUAGAGGACAUGCUUAAAAGAAGUUUUGCAGAAUUCCAUGCUCAGAAAAAACUCCCAGAAAUGCAACAGCUUUUGAAGAGAAAGCUUAAUCAGCCUACAAAGGCUAUUGAAUGUAUAAAGGGUGAACCGACCAUUGAAGAAUACUAUGAUUUAUAUUCAGAAGCUGAGACAUACGGCAACCAGAUAUCAGAGGCAAUUUUACAGUCCCCUAGUGCCCAGCAAUUUCUUACUACUGGAAGGGUUGUGGUUGUAAAAUCAGAAUCAGCCCAGGACCACUUGCUUGCUGUGGUUGUAAAAACUUCUCCAAAUAAUAAGCCGUACAUUGUUUUUGUGCUUAAACCUGAUAUGUCACCCCCUGUGGAAAAUGCCUCAAAUAGUGGUGAUUUGCAGAAUAAAAAGAGUGCAUUUGACCAAGGUUAUUUUGUAAUGCCACCAAAGUCAAGACGUGGUCUUGUAGAUGAAUAUACUACAUCUGUUUCUGCUCGUAAAGGAAAAGGUGUCAUCUCCAUCAAACUUCCCCAUCGUGGUUUUGCAUGUGGAAUGGGCUAUGAAGUCCGAGAGGUUGAUAGUAAAGAGUUUCUAUGUAUAUGCAGUAGCAAAAUUAAAAUCGACCAAGUUGGACUUCUUGAAGAAGAUAGCAGUUCUGCUUACUCAAAGACUGUUCAGCUGCUCCUGGAUUUGAAAUCAGAUGGAAAUAAGUAUCCUCCAGCUCUAGAUCCUGUGAAAGAUCUGAAGUUGAGAGACGUGAAACUUGUGGCAACAUACCAUAAGUGGACUAGAUUAUUGGUGAUGAUGUCCCAGAAUCCGUGUCAUGGGUGUAUCAAAUUGGAAGAACACCUUAAGCUGGCGAAAGAGAUUAAAGCACAUAAAGAUGAAGUCUACGCUCUCCAGUUUCAAAUGUCCGAUGAAGCACUUCAACAAAUGCCAGAUUUUCAGGGCCGGAUAGAUGUUCUGAAGGAAAUUGGAUGCAUUGAUGAAGACCUUGUUGUUCAAAUGAAAGGCCGUGUUGCUUGUGAGAUGAAUUCUGGGGAGGAAUUGAUAUGCACUGAGUGCUUGUUUGAGAACCAACUGGAUGAACUAGAACCAGAAGAAGCUGUGGCGUUAAUGUCUGCUUUUGUAUUCCAGCAGAAGAACACGUCUGAACCUUCACUCACACCCAAGCUAGCUGAAGCGAAACAAAGACUGUACAAUACAGCAAUCAGACUUGGAGAGCUUCAAGCACAGUUUCAUCUACCAAUAAACCCUGAGGAGUAUGCCCAUGAAAAUCUCAAAUUUGGUCUCGUUCAAGUGGUUUAUGAAUGGGCAAAGGGUACUCCGUUUGCAGAAAUAUGUGAGCUUACUGAUGUUCCUGAAGGCCUGAUAGUGAGGACCAUUGUCAGGUUAGACGAGACAUGUAGGGAAUUUAAAAAUGCUGCAGCAAUUAUGGGUAAUUCUGCUCUCUGCAAAAAAAUGGAAAUUGCUUCUAACGCAAUAAAGCGUGACAUUGUAUUUGCAGCUAGCUUGUAUAUUACGGGCGUAUGAUCAUUAUUGAACGUGUUAAUGUUUAUUGUAGUGCAGCUGCAUAUCAAGUUAUGCUUUUGUUUAUAAUGAGUUCAGUGCAUAUUUGAUAUGUAUGCUGCUCCUUAAAUGUGUACCUUACUUUUUCUUUUUCUAACUUAAAUUUAGAAAAUAAUUUCAUUGCAGUCCUCAUCAUGUACUGUAGAAUACUU